UCACAGUGACGGCAGUAUUCAUGAACAGCGCAUGCGCUCUGGAACCACACUCAGAGAGAAGAUGGCGGCAGCAGCGAUGGUUCCGAUCUUUGGACAAAAUGUUUCUGAUAAAUACGACCUGGUUCCGGACUGGACCAGCCGGGAAGUCAGCACCGGGACCACCAUCAUGGCAGUGGAGUACGAUGGAGGAGUAGUGAUCGGCGCUGACUCUCGCACAACCACCGGAGCUUACAUUGCCAACAGAGUAACAGACAAACUGACUCCGAUCCACGACAGAAUCUUCUGCUGCAGGUCUGGAUCUGCUGCUGACACUCAGGCCAUCGCUGACGUGGUCACCUACCAGCUGGGCUUCCACAGCAUCGAGCUGGACGAGCCCCCAUUGGUGGAGACGGCUGCCAACCUGUUCAAAGCCAGCUGCUACCGAUACAGAGAGGAGCUGACUGCAGGGAUCCUGGUGGCAGGCUGGGACCGCAGGAAGGGAGGUCAGGUGUACUGCGUUCCCAUUGGAGGGAUGUUGGUGAGGCAGCCGGUGUCGGUGGGCGGCAGCGGCAGCAGCUACAUCUACGGCUUCAUGGACUCCAACUACAAACCGGGACUGAGUAAAGACCAGUGUCUGGAGCUCACUGCUGCAGCUCUGUCUCUGGCGAUGGAGAGAGACGGCUCCAGUGGCGGCGUGGUCAGACUGGCGAGCAUCUCUGAGGAAGGAGUGGAGAGACGAGUUCUACUGGGAAACCAGCUGCCCAAGUUCUCUACACACUGAUACACACACUGACACACACACACUGACACACACA